AGACAUGGAUGAGUGAGUUUGGGGCGAGUUAUUAUUUUAUACCUCUGAUUGCUGCAAAUUCUACAUUGUGUGGAUGGGACUGAUAUUGAGAGCUACUUCUCAUAUUGUUGUUUUAUCCCAUGUAUACUAAGCACAUUGGACACUUUAUUAUUCUUGUUAGGAAUGCACCAAUCCUUGCUGUGAUGCCUCCACAUGUCAAUUCACAACAGGAGCUGUAUGUGCAGAUGGGGAAUGCUGCGAGAAAUGUCAGUUUAAGAAAGCGGGAAGCAUGUGCCAACAUAGCUUUCAUGAGUGUGACCUUCCAGACACAUGUGAUGGGAAAUCCAAUCGCUGCCUCGAUUUGUUCAAAAAAGAUGGCACCUCUUGUAUGGAUGGCCAAGGGUAUUGUCUGCAUGGAAAGUGUCCAACAAUGAAAAAACAGUGCAUUGAUCUGUGGGGUUCAGAUGUUCUUGUAGGUGCUGAUUACUGCUUUCGCUACAACUUAAAUGGCGAGUUCUUUGGAUACUGUACUAAGUCAGGGGACAUAUAUCUAAAAUGUUCUACUCCGGAUAUAAAAUGUGGUGUUCUAUACUGCUCUGGUGGAAACAAAGGUCCUAGUGUCAAUGCCGCCGCAACUGAAUUUUUUUCUUGCAAGGUUGUCCUGCACCCAUCUGGAAUGGUACAGAAUGGAACAAUGUGUGGAGAGGAGAAGGUCUGCUACAAGGGAGCAUGCACAAGCAAAGAAGCUGUAUAUGAGUCCCUGGCCUGUAAUGCUGAGUGCCUUGGUCAAGUGACAUGUAACCAGGCGGGAGAGUGUUAUUGUAAAGAAGAGCAACCCAAUCCCAAAUGUGCCAUCUCUGGUGUCUAGAAAAGUAAAAAAAAAAGUGAUGCCCAAUGAACUGGCGACAACUCCAUUGAGCUUUACAGAUGUGCUGGAAACUAGAAGAAAAGAAUGAAAAUCUCAUGAAACAAACACAGAAUAUUUCCUUUUCCCUUGCAUCCCCCCACUUCUCUCUAUACUAGCUUAUUUGAUGUAUUUUCUAUCUCCUGAUGACUAUUAUACUAUAAGCAGUCUUUUCUUUGUACAUCGGCGGUAAACACUGAAUACUGUUAAAUUGUACUGCAUAGAAAUAAUCAGUUGGCAUCUACAGACUGAAUGUAUUAGAGGUAUGAGAAAUUCUGACUGCACCCCUCACUUCCUCUAUAUGUAUCUGAUUGUUACUAUUUGCCUGUACUCUUCCUUCAAUCAUCAGCUGUAUUCUACCGUAUGUUGUGCAUUACUAUGCUUAUUACCUUCAAUAAAAAUGAUUGCAACACAAAA